CACCGGUACACGCCACAUUCUACACCAAAUCAUCAUCACCCUUACUACGCUGGAAGUACCGCGGCAGUAAAUGUUACUGUUGGCAGUGCCAGGACCAUGACGAGUCCACUACCAGUGUGCGUUGGUCAAGAAACGUGGGGCAAUCCACCGCGGCAGCUGCAUCCAUGA